CAGGGCCCGCCUUCUCUGGGCCAUAUAAAGGAUCCUGGGUUGGAGGCACCCGCAGCACCUUUCCACCUCUGACACCCUCCUCUCCUAACAGCCAGCUGCUCGCACUCACCUUCCUCCUCGGCACCAUGACCUCCUGCAGCCGCCAGUUCACCUCCUCCAGCUCCAAGGGCUCCUGUGGCUUCGGAGGCGGCUCCAGUCGCAUCUCCUCCGUCCUGGCCGGAGGCUCCUGCCGCGCCCCCAGCACCUGCGGGGGCCUGUCUUUCUCCUCCUCGCGCCUCUCCUCCGGGGGGGCCUGCGGGCUGGGGGGCGGCUACGGCGGUGGCUUCAGCAGCAGCAGCAGCUUUGGGGGAGCCCUGGGUAGCGGCUUUGGCGGAGGAUAUGGUGCUGGCUUUGGUGCUGGCUAUGGUGCUGGCUUCGGCGGUGGCUUUGGUGCUGGUUUUGGUGGCGGCGAUGGCGGCCUCCUCUCUGGCAACGAGAAGGUGACCAUGCAGAACCUCAACGACCGCCUGGCCUCCUACCUGGACAAGGUGCGUGCCCUGGAGGAGGCCAACGCCGACCUGGAGGGGAAGAUUCGAGACUGGUAUCAGAGGCAGCGGCCCACGGAGACUAAAGACUACAGCCCCUACUUCAGGACCAUUGAGGACCUGAGGAACAAGAUCAUUGCUGCCACCAUUGAGAAUGCGCAGCCCGUCUUGCAGAUCGACAAUGCCAGGCUGGCGGCCGAUGACUUCAGGACCAAGUAUGAGCAUGAGCUGGCCCUGCGUCAGAGUGUGGAGGCCGACAUCAAUGGGCUGCGCCGGGUGCUGGACGAGCUGACUCUGGCCAGAACUGACCUGGAGAUGCAGAUCGAAAGCCUGAAGGAGGAGCUGGCCUACUUGAGGAAGAACCACGAGGAGGAGAUGCUCGCCCUGCGGGGCCAGACUGGUGGAGACGUCAACGUGGAGAUGGACGCUGCGCCUGGUGUGGACCUGAGCCGCAUCCUGAAUGAGAUGCGUGACCAAUAUGAGCAGAUGGCGGAGAAGAACCGCAGAGACGCUGAGGCCUGGUUCCUGAGCAAGACCGAGGAGCUCAACAAAGAGGUGGCAUCUAACAGCGAACUGGUGCAGAGCAGCCGCAGUGAGGUGACGGAGCUCCGGAGGGUGUUCCAGGGCCUAGAGAUCGAGCUGCAGUCCCAGCUCAGCAUGAAAGCAUCCCUGGAGAGCAGCCUGGAGGAGACCAAAGGCCGCUACUGCAUGCAGCUGGCCCAGAUCCAGGGGCUGAUCGGCAGCGUGGAGGAGCAGCUGGCCCAGCUGCGCUGCGAGAUGGAGCAGCAGAGCCAGGAGUACCAGAUUCUCCUGGACGUGAAGACACGGCUGGAGCAGGAGAUCGCCACCUACCGACGCCUGCUGGAGGGCGAGGAUGCCCACCUCUCCUCCCAGCACACAUCCGGCCAAUCCUAUUCCUCCCGCGAUGUUUUCACCUCCUCCUCCUCCUCCUCGUCCUCCGCUGGCCGCCAGACCCGGCCCAUCCUCAAGGAGCAAGGUUCAUCCAGCUUCAGCCAGGGACAGAGCGCCAAGCACUGAGCCACUUCUCCCAGAGCCUCCGUCCUGCCUGCAGGCCUCACCUCCUGAAGGUCCCAGUCGGGACCCUGCUCAGGCGCAGCUCCCAGCUAUCUCCCCUCCCUCUCCGCUGGUGGUGGGCUAAUAAAGCUGACUUUCUGGUUGAUGCAAA